AACACGUUCCAGUGUAUCCUUACAACAGACAACAAUCGAACCUUUGCUCUUCUGAAGUUUUCCCAAAUGUUGUGGGGCCCUGAACAGAGAGUGCAUCACUGGGCCACGAUGGGGUACACAAGUGGGGCAACAGAGUUCUACAAUGACCCGCAAACACAGCAGAAUAACACCUUUGGAUCAAAGGGUCGAUAUCGGCCACAUCAGGCCACUGGAAACACAGGGCUCCAAGGUCAAUGGAUUUAUCAGCUUGACAGGAUCAACGUCAGUGGAAGCAAGGACACCAAUGAUCGCACUAAAUGCCAGCAGUGGUACCUGAGUGAACCAUCUCCUUCCAUGUGGACUGCAGACCUUAUCCCCUGCCCUUGCCACAGCCAACAGGCUGUAGAGGAUGCUAGCUUUUCUUUGGAGAUUCUCCCUUUAUUAAUGGCAUCCCAAGUACAGGCUCUGCAGAGCUUAAACUCUGAUGGUGCUGUUUUUCAGUCAUUUUUACCCAACAGCCAAGGUGCUGGGCAUAGAUGUACCUAUGAUCACAAAGGAUAUCUUCUCCAUGGCAGCUCUGAGCGCUACUUCAUCUACAAUGCUGAGGCUCCUGUUGUUCAAGACCACAUCAACAAAGAUCUGCUGCCGUUCGACUGGUGCUGUAUUAAAUCUCCACUAUGCCAUCUGUAUUAUACCAAACGGCCUGCAGACAACUGCUCAAAGUACUUCCCUGGUGGCAUUGGUCUGUUCUAUGGAAGCCUGCAUUUCAGGACCUUUGAUGGGAUGGACUACACGUUUACAGGGCUCGGCGAAUAUGUCAUUCUCAGACUGUCAUCUAGCAAAGGGACCAACGUGUUCACUCUGCAGGGCCUGACGGAGGUGGUGAAAGUUGACCAAGCACCAGCAAGUGUCACUGCCUUUAUGCGCCUUGCUGCUUUCUACCAAGGGAAAGGCAAAGUGGAGUGGAGGCCAGCGAGCAAUGAAAGUGAGCUCCUGGUGUUACUGGAUGAUGAGGAAGUCAGCAUGCCAUCUGGUGAUGGCCUUUGGCAGUCUCCACAGAAGGACUUUGCCCUCCUCCACCCUGUGGACACGCAGAGUGUUCUCGUCUAUAGCUCUGGUCUGCAAAUCUCAGUGGACAUGGACUCAAGUGGCCAUUUGAGAGCAGUCAUUAAGGUCCCUCAGUCUUUUUACAACCGGACUGUUGGUCUACUGGGACAGUGGAAUGGAGACAAAAUGGAUGACUUCCUCUACUCCAAUGGAAAGCGUUUAUCUUUCAAAGAUGGGAAAAUCCCAACUGAGAAGGCAAUCUAUGACUUUGGCCUUUCCUGGACUGUCCCCCAACCUGAAAGCUUGAUCCCCUCAGACCAGGAAUCCAGUAACUUCCAGCCUGUCUUCAUGGAGGAGCUCCUGACAUCAGUGAGUGCAGACAUACUUGAACAAAACAGGAACACCUGUAGAGGGAAGAUCCCCUGCCUCCAUGACUUUCUUGCCACUGGCCUCAUUGAUGUGGGCAUGCAGACCAUCAAGUUCUUGGAGAAAUCUGAAAAAAUGCUGGCUCUGUUUGGAAACAUGCCUCCCUCGAUUACGGGCCCUUCUGUAAUUCAGUGUAAAGUGAACUUCAAUAAUACAUUUGUGUUCAUGGCGGUGGAUCGAAAUAACGACACUAUCAGCUUUUCACUUUUACUCCCAGUUCCUGAUGGGGCUAUCAUGAAUCCAGUUACUGGAGAACUGACGUGGACUCCCCGGAAUGCAAACCCUGUGGUCCUAACAGUACAGGUUAAUGAUCAGCUUUCAGAAACCGUGACCAGUCCUGUCAUUCAGAUGUGUAAUUGUAUGAAUGGCGGCACCUGCGACUACAGCAGAAUAAUCCAGAACUACCGUAAAGGAAAGUUUCAGGUGGUAGGAUGUCUUUGUCCACAGGGAUUCUCUGGCCCUUUGUGUUCUAAUAUCACUGAGUCAUGUAAAGGCAGGCCAUGCUUCCCAGGAAUUGGAUGCACAAAGCAGCCCUCCCCACAGCUCUUCUCCUGCGCUAAGUGUCCCCCUGGAACAGUGGCGAAAGACAAAGAGGGCUACAAAUGUUUUCAACAAAAUCUCUGCCUCCCUCCGUUCCCUUUUCCCUGCCACCCGAUGGCAGAGUGCUCCAGUUCUGGAUACAACUACACAUGCAGGUGUAUGCCAGGAUUCUCGGGCGAUGGCCUCCACUGCACAGACAUUAAUGAAUGUUUAUCUCCUUCUGCAUGCCCAAAUGCCAAGUUUGAGUGCAUCAACACAGUGGGUUCUGUACAAUGUUCCUGCCGGUAUCAAAAUGCCCAAGACACAGAGACAUGUGGUGAUUCAGCCAAUCCUCCAGGCUGGAACAUUUUCAACUGCACCUUGAAAUGGAGCCUGACAAGCAGUUCUCCAAAGGAUACCACCAAAAUGGAAAGAACCCAACCUUAG